AUGCAUCACGUCGGGCUUCCAAAAGCCAGCGUGCAGCUCUUCGUGAUGGACGCGUUUACGAGCGACGCGCCGGCGUUUUGCCAGCCGUGCCAGCCAUCUGCGACGAGCGAGUCUCCUACGAGCACCCUCGACACGCUCAUCGAGCCCACGAUCUCUUCGCCAUUCAUGGCACUGCGUCUGGACGACGACCUGCGAAUCAUCGCCUCGCUACCUGCGAGCUGUGUGAGCAUCGAGAGCCUCUCUGACGACGACAUCUUCUACAUCCUCAAGAUUCUCAGCGCUUCUGCCGCGAUACUUCCGGCCGUGCUGUCGUGCACGCGCAUCCGAGCCGUGCACCAAGCGCACACCGGCCUCUGCGUUGAGUGCGUCGGCUGCGGCCACAGCUGCGCGCCCAAGCUUCGCACGUAUCUGACCGACCUCGCCGCCCGCAUGGAACUCCUCUCGUGGGCAAUGAGCAUCGGCUGCCCGUAUCCGCACGAGAUGUCGACCGAUAUCCUCUGCACCGCCGCCGCCGUUCACGGUGAUGUCCGCGUGCUGAGGUUUGCUCUCGAGGCCGGCUGCCCCGUGGAGCGGGCCGAGGGCUCGGACACGGACAUUCACUCGUACUACUCUGGACGCAGCGCGACGAUCCGCACCGCCGCCGCGAACGGGCACAACGAUUACGUCGUCGCCGCGAUCGAGUCGGGCUGCGAGUGGGGCAACAACCCGAUGUUCGACGCCGCCCGGCACGGUAAGCUCGAGACGAUGAAGCUGAUGCACGACAUGGGCUGCCCCAUCAACGAGCAUGUGAGCUACGCAGCUGCUCAGUACGCCGGCGUCGCAUCCGACCAGCAAGAGAAGCGAGCAGUCCUCGAGUGGCUCGCUGAGGUCGGCGCGCCGAUGGAGAAGGCGUGCGAGGGGGUGGCAGAGCGCUGCCUCAACUCUCACAACGACCCAAAGCGGGCCGGCCUGCAGGUCGAGGCGUUCAGAUUCGCAGCGAGCAAGGGCGGCGCACUCAACGCCGCCGCGACCGCUCGGCUGCUGCUCGAGACGGAGUCCCUCGACACGGCAGAGUUCGAGUGGAUCCGCAAGCAGGGCUGCGACCUUUCGGGGGUCGAUGCGAGCUCGGCCGGUGCCCUCUGGAACUUCCACGCCUACGAGGGUGGACUGCAGGAGAUCGAGCGCCUGUAUGCGAGCAAGCUGCCGUGGCACGAGUGGGCCUUGCCUGCCGCGAUCGACAGCCUCGACGACGAGCUUUCCGUCGUGAAGUGGAUGGUUGAGGAGGGCUGCCCUGUGAGCGGGCGGGCGAUGUACGCUGCGUGCUGCAUUGGAGGCAAGCGAGUGCUGCCCCUCCUCGAGUUUCUCGACGCCCAAGGUGCCCGCCGGCAGACCUGGGCCUCCUUCGUCAUCAACGAGGAGACCGAUGACUAUCCCGGCGACGAGCAUCGCGUGUGGGCCGUCUCCUACUGCGGCGACGCGGCGAUCGAUUCGGGCUGCAUCGAGACCUUUGAGUGGGUGAUCAAGCGCGCCCCGGGUGCCUGGCUGCCUGUGCGCGCGUACUCCGCGGCGGCACGGCUCGGCCACAAGAAGAUGCUCGAGUACCUUGUGGCAAAGCACCCUGCGUCGGGCUGGCAAGACGAGGAGGACGGGCUCGAGAGCUUUAGCACGCUCGGCUUCGUCAUGCAGUCGUCGAAUGGCCUGGGCGUUAAGCUCACGUUCGAGAUGCUCGAGCUGUGCGUGUCGCUCGGCUGCCCGGUGUCGCCGGCUGCGUUCCUCGCAGCGGCCCGUCUCGACGUGUUCGCCGAGUCGUUCCAGUACAUGCAGUGGCUCCUCGACAAGGGCUGCACGCUGACGCAUAAGAUCUGCUCGUCCGCGGCGGACGCGCCGGUGCAGUCGCUCCCUCGACAGCGCCUCGUCAAGGUUUACCACUUCAAGAACAAGGAGCUGCUGGAUGAGCUGUGCGGCGGCGACCGGCCCGGUGGCAUCGCCCAGUGGCCUCUGACUAAGGUGCAGUGGCUGCACUCGCGCGGUGUGCCCGUCGGCGCGGGAACGAUGAACGCGGCCGCGAAGCACGGCAACGUCGGACUGCUCGCGUGGGCUCUCGAGCAGGGCUGCAAGGUGUCCGAGAACUCGCUCGACCUUGCGGCCUACCACGGACAGAUCGAGGCGAUGGAGUGGCUUGUCGAGCACGACUGCCCGAUCGGCGCGAGGUGCACCUUGAAGGCCGCAGCGCAAGGGCGGCAGGCCGCGCUCUGCUGGCUGCUGGAGCGUGGGGCGCCCUUCGACAAGGCCAAGGCCAAGCGCGCUCUCCUCAAGGCCCAAGCCGCUAAUGCGCCGGGAAGCGACGAGCGAAACGCAAAGCUCUACCGCCGGGCGACCUCAGCUUUGGCGAACGAGACGCUCUGGCGCUAA